CCAUGCCAAUUAUUUCAACUCAACCUUUCUCAAAUUUUGUUCUCUUGCAAAAGACCUAUCUUAUCAUAAUUUCAAUACAAAUUAAGAGACUUACAUCCCGAGAAAAAGGAAAAUCAAGAUGAUGAGUGCAGCAACAGCAAGUAGGGCUUGGGUUGUGGCAGCCACAGUUGGAGUUGUGGAAGUGUUGAAAGACCAAGGGGUGUGCAGAUGGAACUAUCCCAUGAGACUGGUGCACCAGCAAGCCAAGAACCAUCUCAGGUCUUUUUCUCAGGCCAAGAAGCUGUCUUCUUCUUCUUCUUCUGCCAUGGCUUCAAGCAUGAUCAUGAGAGAAGAGAAAAUAAAGCAGUCAGAGGAGUCUAUGAGGAAAGUGAUGUAUCUUAACUCUUGGGGUCCCAACUGACACCAACCAAAUUAAGCUUAGCUUAGCUUAAGGCCAUUGUAAAUUACUUUUAAGGCAAAUGCUCUUAUAAAUUUAGUAAAAUACAUUGGGCACAUAUGUUUUCCAAAUUCAGUUUUUCUUCUUGCUUGACUAAAGUUUUAAAUUUGGCACAGCAUCUUGGCUUUGGCCUAAUCCGAUCAUAAGAACAACACAACUUUGUUACUAAAUUAUUCACCCAAAGGAAAACUGAAACCAACUUUUUCCCCAAAAUUCUAGGCUGAAAAGAACAAAAUAGCCGCUGGUAUGGCCAAAAACCACAACCCAAGUGAAACCACCUCCACUCUCAUCACCCCCUUAGCUCUCUCUCUCUCUCUCUGCAUAUUUAUGGCUUCAGUUAGAUAGUCUCAAUGCUUAUAUAUGACUAUACCAAUACUCUCUCCAACUUACUGUAACAAAUUCUACUUUGUUCUUUAAAUUACUGGUACUGGCCAUCAUUCAAAAGUUAAGAAAUGAGGUGGAAGAGCAAGGCUUGGGCUGUUUUGGGCACUAUUGCAGCUGUGGAGGAGUUGAAAGAAAAGAAUCUAAGCAAAUGGAGAUCCCUGCAGAGCUACCAACAUGCACUAAUUAACAACAUUAUGCCAGUGUCUACACUAGUGGGAAAAUCUUCUUCAUCUACAUCUUCAACAAUGGAGUCAAAGAAGAAAUAUUGCAAGCAGGGGAC